CGACAAUCUUCGCGCGUAUGAACUCUGCUCUCAUCUCUUCGACUCACUCUUUAAAACCCUAAACCCUACUCUUUCAGUAUAAGAUUACCAGGCCAAGGACGUAUUCAGCUUCAGAAGGUUCUUGUGCUCGUAUUCUGCAAUUUUCAUCUAACUUUGCUUGGAAGCAACAAUUCCUGUCACCUGUAUGAAGUCAUUGUCAAGUGCAAAGGAUUUUGAAUGAUGCUGUUAUGUCUUUUUGAUGUCAUCGCUUCACAAUAAUCCUUUUUUGUUUUUCAGCUUUGAAACUUCUGAUUGCUACAUCAUUUUGAAAAAUGACACUAUCUCUCCCUGUUUCUUCCCAGAAGGAUAUUUUUCUCAAUUUCAGCUUCUUCUCAUCAACUCCUUCAUGGAAACUAGGAAAUGGGAAACUAUGCCAUCAAACUCGUAAGAAACCUUCAAAUAUCUCUUUUCCAAUUUCAUGUUCAUCACCAAAUAUUGUUCGAAGUCCUUCACUAGACAAGCAUGUAGUGAAGCAAAACAAAAUUCGUUUUGUUCAAAAGCUGAAAAUACUAUUACUUUCCAAGCCAAAACACUUUAUUCCUCUCCACAUUCUUGCCAAAUGCCGAUCCUAUCUUGGCCUCCCAAAGCCUCGCUCCAUCCUCUCAAUGAUCCAUCGUUACCCAACAAUAUUUGAACUGUUCACAAUUCCUAUGCCGUUGACACCACUCAAUGCAACAAAAUCAGGCUAUCAACUAUGUGUUCGUUUGACUACAACUGCAGCAGGCCUUGCUACACAAGAAAUGAAUCUCAAGUCGGCCAAGUCCAUCACUUUGGCCAACAAAGUCCAGAAGCUUCUCAUGCUCUCUACUCAUCGUCGGCUUCUUCUUCCAAAAUUGCUUCACAUUGCCCCAGAUCUUGGUCUACUACCAAAUUUUCAGUCCCGCCUCUGCAAUGACUAUCCGGAUAAAUUCAGGAUUGUUGACACCUCAUAUGGCCGAGCUCUUGAGCUUGUAUCAUGGGCCCAUGAUCUGGCAUGUAGUUUACCUUCCCCUGAUAUGAAUCCACAUGGAUUGAUAGUAGACAGGCCUUUAAAGUUCAAGCACUUGAGACUUCGAAAGGGAUUGAAUUUGAAGAGACGUCACCGGGAUUUUUUGAUAAAGUUUGGAGAAUUGCCGAGUGUGUGCCCUUAUAACACUUCUAUAGAAGAACUAGCUAGAGCAUCUCUUGAAGCUGAGAAGAGAGCUUGUGCUCUGGUGAGAGAAGUGCUUAGUAUGAUGGUUGAGAAGAGAACUUUAAUAGAUCAUUUGACUCACUUUAGGAAGGAGUUUGGGCUUCCAAAUAAGUUGAGGUCAAUGAUUUUGAGGCAUCCAGAGUUAUUCUAUGUGAGCUUGAAAGGCCUAAGGAAUUCUUUGAUGUUGGUGGAGUACUUUGAUGACAAAGGUGUACUGUUAGAGAAAGAUGAAACUUUGGUGAUAAAAGAACAGUUUAUGGAGUUGAUUAGGGAAGGAAAGAGGAUGAGACGAGAGAAGAGAAAAAAUAGGAUUUACGGAAAUUAUAUUGAUCAAAAUGAUUCUGGUAUUGAUGAUGAACAUGAUGAACAUGAUGAUGACUAUGAUGAGGAUGAUGGAUUUGAGAAUUUGUUCGAGUCAGGGGAUUCAGAUUUUGAGUAUCUUUUUGACGAUGAAAGGUUCGAGCUUGGGGAUCAUUGGAAAAAUGGGGAACUUUGGACUGCAGAUGCUUCCUCUUCCCUUACACCUUGGUAGUAAUCAACUACAGUGUACAUAUCUUCCCAAAAAUUCGUUGAUAUUCAAAAGAGACAGUGUAAAAAGAAAAAUUGGUCCUUCAAUUUUUCUUUCAAAAAUCAUUUAUGCCUCUGUUUAAGUUGCUGUGAUGUCUGGAUUUGGGCUUUGAUUACUAAAAUCACUUUGUAGUUCCAUAAUCCACUCUUCAAAGUUCAAAGUUCAAACUAUAUUCACUUUGUUUUAAUUCAAAUCAUGUAAGGUAUCCUAUUAUCCUAUACUCCUGUAAGUAACAAUUACUACAAAAGUGAAUUGUAAUUUGCAGUAAAUUCAGCAACUUUUGUCUCUUAAAGGUCUUGGGUCUGACUCUCCUGUUGUUUGUUGCUCAACAUUGAAGUAAACAAGUUAAGGGUUUUUUACUAUCUACAAGCUUCUUACCUUGGAUGUAUAAUCAAUGUGUAAAUUUUCUCUCUUCUAGUCUUCUUUUGCUGACUAUAAAUAUAUAUUCAGUUUUAGCAAGAAACUGAAGUUCGGAUUCCCUAUAUUGUGUACUUCACUGUAUACGAAAUUAUGGAGAUUGAUACAUUGACAUUAAUGCUCUCAUUCAAUUUCUCUGAAUCGAAUAUUGUCUGAUU